AUGGCACCUCGACUGCGCGCUAAGCCGAACACACAUGCAAGGAUGCAGAGAACUUUAACUCAGUUCAACGAGCUGGACGUUACUCCCAAUAGGCAUGAAGAGAAGGCAGAUGAACCAUUUCCUGACGACCCCAACUCGGAACCUAUCCUUGUUGAUAAAGAUGAACAGCUCGCCAAGCCUUUUACCUGGUCGGACGCUGGCUCUACUACGAAUAAUACCAGACGGAGUUCACCAGCUGACCUUGGGGAUUUGUCCACUGACGAUGUGUGGGACUUCGACGAAUCUUUGGCCCCAUUCUCGAGCCCGACUUCCGGGAGAAAUAACUUGCCGGAUACGAUACCUUUAGCCUCUGCAGGACAAGACAACCAAUCCUUUACUCCAAGGAAGACAGUCGACUUUUCAGAGACUGCAUCCACCAUUUAUCGUAGCUCCUCUUUCGUAGGAGGCAAUGAACCCAAAGAUAUCUGGAAUUUUGACGAUAGCCCGACAGAUAGCAGCCCCAUUCUGGAAACAUCUAAAAAGAUGCCAACUAUACCGUCAGGUCAUCUACCAGCCGACGAGCUUUAUGACUUGACUCCUAAGAAAGCUGUACCAACGCCAGCCGCUGCUGCAUCAAUGCCCGCCGCAGCCAAACCAAACGGCAGCCAGCCAGUCGUUAAUGAUGAGACCAAAAGUUGUUCGUCCAAACCAACUUUACAGCCAAAGGAAAAGAAGCACCGACCGAAGGCUAAAAAGCCCAUUCGGUUUGAUUCUGUUACCCAAGAGAUACUGGAAGAACCCGUAUCCAAGAAGAGGAAGAAGCAACCUGCGCCCGCUAGAUUGCCAAUCGUCAACGCUUUGAGAGAAUCUGCCAAAGCAUCUAGUUCUCCUGUCGCAGGUUCUCCAAAACCGAAGCCGAAACGGGCUCGACCACAGAAAAAGAAGAAACCAGAAAUCCCUCCAGUCCCCAAAAAUCCCCCCAAACCCAGAGGUGAAGAUAUUAUCACCUUUCUCGACAGCCCGGUCCAGCCAGUUGCCGAAAGUCCCUCGGAAUACCUUCCAGAGCUUCCAAGCACUAGAAAAGGUGAAGAUUCCAGGGAAAGCCAUUCUGCCAGCAGUGGCGAUGACUUCACUGCUAUACAGGAGCCAAAACAACAACAUCGCUGUGUACCAGCAGCAAUCGACAGGCAGGACAAUACUCUGAACGAAUCUGGGGCAAUUUUCGCCGAACAACACGGAGCAAAGAAAAGACGUCUGUCGAGACAAUUCAGUGUGUCGGAAAAAGGCAGCCCAGUCGUUGUUAAUGACACUAUCCUUCCUGAGAAUAUUCAGCUAGUGCCCGUCAAACCGCAUCCUCCCAUGAGCGGUCGUCUAGAGCUGCCUAUUGCACCACAACCUUCAUCUUUUUUGAGGAGCGCUUCAAAUGAUGAGCGUACUGAACAGCAGCAUAGCAGCGCUUUCAACGAAAUGAAUGGCAAAUCCUCGUCGCAAUGGUUACGACGCGUAAGUGACAAAGCGCCGGCUCCGAAGCGUAAGCCCAGUAUCGGGAGAAAGCUUCAUGAUGAGAUUAUGAAAAGCUUCCUAGGACAAACAGAUGCGGAACAAGAGCCCCAAGAGUCUGAAGCAAAAUCGGCCUCUGCUGCCAGCCCCAAUCAUGUCGAAACCCAGAUACGCCAUGCUGUUGACCAAUUGAUCGCUCGGUUAGAUGAUAAAAAGAGAGCCAUUUUCAAUGUUGUCGAUACAUAUCAGAAAAAUGGAAAAGAUUCUGUGCUACACCUGAAGCAACAGUGUUUACAAGAUAGCGCCAGCAUGGCGCAGGCCUUCCGCAGCGAUGGUGGGCUGUUUGGCCAGAAGUUACAAUCAACAACAGAAGCCAUUCAGGCACACGGCUUGGCCAGAGCGGGAUCUGCAAUGGAAUUUGACAAUUCACUUCAAGCUCGACAUCAAGUGUAUGUUCGAACGCGUCAAAGCCUUGGGGGUCUGCGGGAUGCGUUGAUGCGAGAGAAGAAUACUGUGGUGUGA